UCCGUCAGUCGGCGACGGAGUUGCCUGGUUGCAGCGUGGGUGGCACGCGCGCGCGUCGGCCCGGCCAGCUCGAUUCGAUUAAACUUCGCCGCAGCCCUCGCUCGCCGCGAGCGGGGUGAGACCUCGUGCCGUGGUUCGUUAUGUCGAGCAUCAUCAUCCCCUCGUGCGUAUGUCAGCGUCGCAUCGCGGGACGCGGAUCCGGAUAGGCCUCGCGAUUCGCUCGUCCACGUCCCGAGCACCGUUCCGGAGCACCCACGUCGAAUUGUGCCACGAAUUCAGCCGCCUCCCAUUCUCACGUCGACACGCGGGUGCGAGAGAAGUUCGAAGUAACGAAGUAAUCGAUCACGUGUCAGCGUCUUUGAGAAGCACGGCGGCUGCUCGAUGAUCGUCCCCUUUUGUCGAGAGGACGAAGAAGACGAGGACGAAGAGAGCGGCGAUUCGCGAGAGGACGGAUGUCUACGUCGCGGUCGGCGAUGUCGUGCGAGAGAAGUGGGGAACAAGUGGCGAACAGUUGAGACGUCUUCGACGGGGGUAAACCGAUCGCGAGGUACAAUAAAACCGGCAAAAGUGCGACGGGAUCAUGUGAAAUUGCUUUUGAUCUUCCGUGACCUCGAAGAAGGUGCGACAGCAUGAUGUGGAAGGCGAAAUGGUCACGCUUCACCGAGUGCUUCUGCCGACGGCCCGGCCUCGUUCUGGUUCUGCUGCCGUGUCUGAUCGUCGUCACCCUCUACCUCAUUUCCGGCGACGAGUACGAGUACGAUGUACUGCAGUAUCCGUCCUUCAAGUCAUACAACGUCGCUGAAGGCAUGGUGGACGGCUACCUCGUGUGGAAUCCGAAAUGUCACAUGCUAUCCAAAGAGCCUCUGGAUCCGUCCAUCACGAAAUUCGUGAGGAAGGAAAAGCUGGAAAAAUGCCCGAACGAUCGCGUUUUCUCGCAAAUUUCGAGAGAGCCUAAUGGCAGCGUGUUUCUUUCUCUUGACCCCUCCAUAACGGCUAAACACAGCGACGUUGUCUGCUGCUGGUCGUCCGUAGUCAGGCCCAAGGUGGACAAGCCCAAAAAGGAUAACUACGAUUCUACGAUAUCAGUCAAACAAUGCGAGAACUUCACGGGGCAAGUGGUACUUCCGGUCGAAGUGGAGGUGGCAUACGUGUCAUGCAAGGCGAAGACGAAGUCGAAACCGAAAACGAAAAUGAAGAGCGCGAAACUAUCGACAAGCACGGUGUACGAGAAUGUUCACGCGAUUCUAAAUCCGGAGAAGGUACGGGAACGUCUGGAUCAUAACGGCAGCCAGUUCGGAAACUUCUCGAGAAAGCUGAGCGUGCUCGUCCUCGGCAUCGACAGCGUCAGUCGACUGAACUUUUAUCGCACCAUGCCGAAGACCGAGAGGUAUCUGCGGGAGACCGGAUGGAUCGGCCUGAGAGGCUACAACAAGAUCGGCGACAACACGUUCCCGAAUCUGAUGGCGAUCUUGACCGGCCAGAUGCCACAGCAGGCGUACUCGCGGUGCAAGCCGACGGUGGCCUACAAGCUCGAUAACUGCCCCUUUCUCUGGCACAACUUCCGCAAUGCCGGCUACAUCACGGCCUACGGCGAGGAUGAGACCAUCCUCAACACAUUCAACUACCUCAAGGUUGGCUUCGUCGAGCCGCCAACGGAUUACUACUUAAGACCCUACAUGCUGGCCAGCGAGAAACUCCUCAGGGUCAAGAAAAGAUUCAACAUGAAGUACUGUACCGGGCCCGAGUUGAGCUUCGAACGGAUCUUCGACUACGCCAUGAGCUUCGCCCAGACUUUCAUCGGUGCGCCGUAUUUCGGCUUUUUCUGGACGAACACGCUCAGCCACGACAACAUGAACGGCAUCUCGUCGAUGGAUGCUCGCCCUCAAAAAUUCGAGUUUCUGGAACAGGAAGGAGUGCUGAACGAUUCGAUGAUAGUCUUCCUGAGCGAUCACGGCAUGCGCUGGGGUGAAUUUCGCAACACCUUCGUCGGCUGGUACGAAGAGAGAUUACCGUACAUCUACAUCUGGCUGCCCGAGUGGUUUCGCCGGGAGAAUCCCGAGGCCCAUCGAGCACUCGCGGUGAAUCAGAACCGACUCACCUCACCGUUCGAUCUCUACGAGACGCUGCGGGACGUUCUCGUUGUCGGAGGUGGCGAUGCUGACUUCAGUCCGGGAUGCUCCACCUGUCAGUCCCUUUUCGCGCCUGUCCCCAGAGAGAGGGGCUGCCAAGACGCGGGUGUGGCUUAUCAUUGGUGUACCUGCACGGCCUUUAAGUCGAUCAAGAUAAACGACAGGAUCGCCGUCGGCGGCGUGCAGAAGUUUCUAGAUCAUAUCGAGAGCAUUGUUAAAAAUUACAAAGAUAAGAAGGGCCGGCGGCUGUGCGCGCGACUCAAGCUGAAGAAGGUGCAUCGCGUGGACCAGGUGAUUGACUUCGGCACGGAUAGCCCGUCCAGUAUCACGUACUUCUACAUGAUUCAAACGACACCCGGUAACGGGAACUUCGAAGUGACCAUCCGAUAUCACAGCGACGGCAAUUAUACUCUGUCCGACAGCGAGGUCAGCAGAAUCAAUCCUUACGCCACGAGCGCCAAAUGCCUGAACCGCGGCAUGAAGCAGUAUUGUCACUGUGUAAAAUAGAUAUCGCGACCUGGAUUUUGCACGCGUUGUACUCGCAACUUUGUACUUUAUUAGCGUUUCGACGAAUCAAAUCGUUCGCCGUUGGAGAGGGGUCAACUUUUCCAAGGACAAGACUUGCCGACAUAUCCUAAAAAAAAAAAAAAAAACCGUUUCUAAAUUCAAAAUGUAACAAGAGCGAAAAAUAUUUAUGAUUUCGUUAUUUUAAUAUAUAUAUAACUUUUACGAAACGAACGUAGAAACUCGUGACAUAUUUGCGUGAUAUAUGCAACAUUUGCGUUAUGAUACAUAUCUGUGAUCACCACAAUGAUCGAUCGAUCACUUAAUUGCACUUUAUUAAAUAUGUACGAUUACGAUGGAUUCAAAUCGACUUUCAGCACGCAAAUGCGUAGUUGUAUUGAUAUGCUUGGUACAUAUUAAACGUAAAAGUUGACUGCCUCAUCUCAAGGAACUAGGGACCUGAGUGUGGAUAUAUACAUGGACAUACUUUCUAAGUUUACUAAGAAUAGCUAGGACUAGAUUUUUCUAAAGAUGAGGUUUCAUAGGUUAAACAAUAAGUGAUAACAGUCAGUUCGAUAUCAAUGAGUUGAAAUGAACUUAUUGAUCUCUCCAAAUAAAAUCUUAGUUGAGGAAAUGGAAAUUAAAUAUAAAAGCUAAAUGUCAAGAUCGUCGAUAAGAAAUCCAUUGUAUUUUAUAUUGUAUAUAAGAAUAUUCUUACAUACAAUAAAAAAAAAUGUUAUUUAAAAUAUCAUAUUACACAUUCGCGCAAUUGGAAAUGCGAUUUUUGACAAUUAGCUGAUAUAUUUUUACUCUCUAUUACCGCACUUACACGGUUUAACCGCAAGAAGAAAUGAUCAUGAGAAAACGAGCGUAAGCGUGGAACAUAAAUUUUCAUUCCGUACUUCAAUAAUAAUAAUAUUUGUCAUUUGUAAAUAACGGUGUGACGCCUUAUCAUACAUAUCUUACUAGAGGCGGUCAACGCGCACGGUAAUUUUUUCCACGCACCAUUGCACGUGGAUCGAUCGCGAACAUGUACGACACGUUUCGUUCGAAUCGAUGUACGUUAAAGUUGCAUGAAGGCUUAAGUGCGGUAAGCACGUAGAAGAGCCAUAAAAACAUACCCGGAAGAGAGCAUGAAUGUAUUUUCGUGGCAAUGUGACGGCGACGUAUGACACUAACUCCCUUCUUACGAAUGUGUACCACGAGGCAUUGGUUGUUUGUAAGUGACGCGUGUGCCUGUCUUAAAAGAAGUGCCAAAUCCGUUCUGUGCUAAGACCGAGCGUCGAAACUGAACUUCUCUACUUCCCGCACCGUGACAGUGAUCGCCAUAGAUUGUACGUUGUCGUACAAUACAGCUUAAGCGAGCGUGAAACCAAAAUGUUGCGUUUAACGGGAUAACGGGAACAAACGCGAAUUAAAAAAUUGUAGCAUGUUUCAAGUCCGAUAUUUUGAAGCUGAUAUCUUAAAGACGAAUCUUUUGGUAAAUUUUUUUUUUUUUAAUUGGAAAUAUCAAAAGAGACCUGAAUCAGAACUUUCGGAUUUUCGAAAAAUUAAUUCCAACAUCAACGAAAAGUUUAUAAAAUAUUCUUUGGAGGUCUAAAACAAUUUGUAAGUUUUAUUAUAAGAUAACAAAAUGUAUGGGUCGCCUUCGCAUACGAGGAGUAAGGAAUUAUACAUGUGAGCUGAAAACAAAGGCCAAUGAAUAUUUGACAUAUAUUUUACUACGAUACGUACGCUUUAUCCUAGACAAUGCGAGGAUAUCCUCAGUCUAAUCGAAAGAGGUAUAAUUAACGAAUGCUUCGGGAUUAUUUGGAGACUGUCCACGUGGAAUCUCCGUCGAGAGUCAACCAAGCCAAGUUAAACCGAAUUCUUUAGAUGACAGAAGUAGAAUCUAAUUGCCAAAAGUAUUUAGAAGCAUAUUCUUCGUGCUUACAUUUUCAGUUACAAGUUUCUAAUUUCAAAGACGAACGCAAAUUUAUUACAGAAAAUUCUUCUUUUAAAAAGACGGAUACGAAUGGAAUUAUUAUCUUGAAAAACGUUUGGACAGAUUUGUGUAUACGUCUUUGAGAAUAACAUAUUUUCAUGCUGAAUUAAUUAAAUUAUUACAUUAAUAUAAUGUGAAAGCGUGUCUUAGCUCGCUCUCUUUAAUUCUUUUUUUUUCUUUUCUAAAAGUAAGACCGUAAGAAUUCAAUUUGAUGCGACAUAUUCCUUGUUUUGGAUAACUCCACAUUUAUUAAAAAUGUCUUCUACGCAGCAUUAUCCAAUUAUAAAUAUAUUUGUACAUAGAAUUUUUCUACCUAUUUAAGCAUUAAUUAAUUUUUUUUUAAUACACGAUACAAUUUCUGUUUGCAAAUUGUUCUUAUUUGUUUUAAUUAAAGUUGACAAUUUCUUUAAUAGUUAUUAAUUAUUCUGAUAUAAACUGAUUUGAUAAUAAAGCACAAUAAUAUCAA